AUGAUGAAUUCACCACCAGUUGACCUUCCAACACUUCGAAAUCAUUAUAAUUAUUAUACAAUCAAAAACAAACAUAUUCCUAUUCUCUAUCGAGUCAAAUCGAAUAUUUAUUAUCCGUACAUUGCUUUUGAACUGGUUGUUGAUGAACUAGAUGCUCAUUGUUCAACAUGGAGUUCAUCAAAAAACUUACCUUUAUCACCAAUGACAAUAAAUGAGAGAAUUUUAUACAAAAAUUUAUAUCCAGAAAAAGAUUUUACAUCAUCAUCAAAACUAAUUUUAUGUUCAAUAAUCGAUCAAUUUCUUCAAUUAGUUAAUUUUUUAAAAAGAAUUAAAACUUCUUCGACAGAACAUGACAAAAGAAAAGUCUUUGCUCAUUUUAAAAUAGAUAUUAAUUAUGGAACCAUACAAGAAAUCGAUAUACUUAAUUCUGAAGCAACAACAAAAUAUAAUUCUAUGCGUUCAGCACUUCUUCCUUCACUUCAAACAGUCAAGCGAAAACUUUGUUUUGAUGAUGAAAAGUUUGAUUUGUCAUCAAUCGGUGGCUAUCUUCAGUUAGAUCGUUGUAUAUAUCCAUAUAUAAUCUCGCCCUCUGGUAUUCUUCUUAAUUUGAAUGAUCUUCGUAAACCAUUUAGUUCAACAAUAAAUAUUCUAAUGCCAUAUUUUAAUGCUCAACCAGUAAAUUUAAUAAAUAAUUAUAUGAAAAUAGUUGAAUAUGGUACACGUUAUAUAAAAAAAUAUAAAUAUUAUUAUAAAAAUGUUGAUGAUAAAUUUAUUUCUCUUUAUCAUUUACUUCUAUGUCAUCGUUCACUAUUCUUUGUACAAUUAUUUAAUUCAAGCAAGAUUUCAUUAAGAAAUUUACAUGAAUAUUAUCGGUCAGAUUUUGCAAAUCUAUUAACAGAAAAUAUUGUCAAUAGUGGAUAUUUAUAUGAUCAACCUUGUAUUAAUGGAUGGCGCUUAGUUGAUUCAAUGAUGUUAGACAAUGAAGAAAAAACACGUUUAGCUACAGAUGAUGAAAUUAUUCUAAUUAAUUGGCUUUUAAUUUAUGAUAAUAAAUGCCUUAAUGUACAUAAUCAAAUAUAUGAUUCUAUUCUUGUUAAACAACAAUUAUCUCUUGCUGCGAAAAACAUGAAGUUUCUUCAAUAUGAACAUAUUAAAAAACGAGAAAUAUUAAAUAAUCAGAUUCCUAUGUAG